AUGGAUGACGACUUUGACCGCCGCAUGGAGCUAAGGAGGCAGAGGAGGGAACAGAUGCGUCUGGAAGCUGAAAAAAUGGGUUACACCAACGACGACGACGAUGAGGCGGCUCGGGAGCAAAGAAGACGGGCUCGGGAGGAAAGGAAGAAGAUGAGAGAAUCCGAAGACUCGGCAAGCAGCGAUGUGAUCAAUGCCAACAACAUGGAGGAAAGAGAGACCUCCAGUUCCUUUUCCAUGACCAUCGCGGCGGCGGAUGAUGACCAGGCCCUGGAGGAGCGACUGGCAAAGAGGGAGGAGCGAAGGCAGAAGAGGAUGCAGGAGGCCAUUGAAAGGCAGAAGGAGCUGGACCCGAGUUUUGCCGCCAACGGGAUCGACGGCUCGGCGGAAAACCCGGAGGAUGGCGACAGAGGGAGGAGGAGGGACGAUGAAGAAAAGGAGGAGGAAGAGGAGAAACAAGUCCAAGAAGAGGUGAUUGAUGCUAGAGGACGUAAAACAACAACAUUUGUUUUGCAGGACAAGACUGAAGCUGAAGAAGAGGAAGAAGCUGCUGAUGAUGCCACUGAGGAAGAAAACAAGCAAACAAUAAGGAAAGAAGAAGAGGCGCAGCAGCAGAAAGAAUUUGAAGAAAAGCAGAGGACGGAGGAGGAAGAGAGGAAGAGAAGAGAAGAGGAGGAAAGACAGGAAAGGGAAAUGGAGGAGAGGAGAAAAGAGGAGGAGAGGAGGAAAGAGGAGGCGAGGAAGACAAUAGAGGAGGAAGAGAGACAGGAAAGGGAAAAGGAGGACAGGAGGAAAGAGGAGGAGAGGAAGAGAAGAGAAGAAGAGAGGGAAAUGGAGGAGAGGAAGAAAAAGGAAGAGGAACGCGAAGAGAAACGCAGAAAAGAUGAGGAAGAGGCAAAAAAGCGAAGACAAGAGAUGGAGAAGAAGCAGAAAGAGGAGCAAGAAAAACGGGAGAUGGAAGAGAAGAAAAAGAAAGAGGAGGAAGAAAAACAGAAGAAAGAAGCGGAGGAGAAGAAGAAAAAGAAGGAGCAGGAGGAGGAGAGGAGGAGGGAGCUGGAGGAGAGGAAGAAGAAAGAAGCAGAAGAUAAACGGAAAAGGGAAGCUGAGGAGAAGAAGAAGAAAGAUGAGACGAGGGCAACCACACAAAAUGGGGCACUCAAGAAGACAGACAAGCUACCCAGAGAUGAAGUUCCCUGCGUCGGGUCUGACGUCUCGGAGCGUCAGGAGGCUGAGCGCAAGCUGCAGGAGCUCCAGAGGCGGCGUGACGACGCCGAGAGCGAGGAGAUGGAGAAGAUGAAGCAGAAGCAGCACCACGCGGAGGCUGAACUUGAGGUGCUGAAGAGAAAGAGGGAGGAGAGGAAGAAGAUCCUCGGAGAGGAGGAGAAGCGGAGGAAACAAGAGCUGGAGGACAAGAAGAACAAAGAGCAGGAGGAGAGGAAGAGGAUGAGGGAGGAGAUUGAGAAGAGGAGAGCCGAAGCUGCUGAGAAGAAGAAGCAGCAGGAGCAAGAGCCUCCGAAGCCCUCGUUCACCAUCAGCCCCAAAGGCUCAUCCAAGAUUGGAGAGAAGGCGGAAUUCUUGAGCAAAUCAACUCAAAAAAGCGUGAGAGCAUCGCACGCGCCCAUCGUCUCCAAGAUCGGCAGCAGAAUGGAACAGUACGCAUCUGCCAUUCAGGGGAACAAAGAGGUGAAACCCCCCAAGACUGCUCUAGCUGACGUCCCCUCAGGAGGCACACGCAGCAUCAAGAGCAUGUGGGAGAGCGGCAACAUCUCUGACAAUCAGGCAAAUAAGGAUGCAGUGUCAAUCAAAGGAAGCUUCGCUAGUCGGACGGCAAAGCCUGCACAGCCUGAGAAGACGCAGCCUGCUGCAUCAGAACAGGCACCAGCGUCAGCAAAGCCUGAAAAAUCUCAACCGACUUCACAACCCCGCACCAAUGAAAUGAAUAAGCAAAGUGAUGUAGGUAACAAACGCAACAUGUGGGAGACCAAGAAGAGUUCGACACCAGCCAAGGUCUUGGUUGGGGUCAGAGGGAAGUUUGUGUAA